CACCUGGCCCCUGCAUGGAGACCGCUCCGCUUCAGGCAUAGCGCCAUAUCAGCUGGGAAACAGGUGCACCGUGGCAUGUCGCGACGGAGCUACUUGGUUGCUUGCUGGCCGUCCAGAACCUCGACUGCCGUCUACCGACCUCUUUGUGCCCCGUACCCAAACCCAUCGCAGCCAGCUGCCGCCCGACGAUGAAGCUCGCAUCUCUCGCAACCGGGCUGGUUGCCCUGUUCGCUGGCCAUGCCUCGGCAACAGCAUUGACCUACAAGCUUGUCGCAAACGAGAAGGCCUGCUUCUAUGCCAACAACCAGGACAAGGGCCAGAAGAUCGCAUUCUACUUCGCCGUCCAAUCCGGAGGUUCAUUCGAUGUCGAUUUCGAGGUCACGAGCCCAAUCGGCAAGAUUGUCAUCGAUGGCCAGAAGGAGCGCCAGGGAGACUUCGUCUUCACCGGCAAUGAUAUCGGCGACUACUCUUUCUGCUUCAACAAUGAGAUGAGCACUGUCACGGACAAGUUUGUCGACUUUGAGAUUGCUGUCGAGAACGAAGCCCGUGUCAACCUCCCUUCCAAGCAGGGUAGCUCGCCAGAACAGACGACAUCCCUCGAGGAGUCAGUCUUUAAGAUCUCCGGCCAGCUCUCCACAAUCUCCCGAAACCAGAAGUACUUCCGCACGCGCGAGAACCGCAACUUCAGCACAGUCCGCAGCACAGAGAAGAGGAUUGUUAACUUCAGCUUGAUUCAGUGUGGGCUGGUUAUCUGCAUGGGCGCGCUGCAGGUCUUUGUUGUGCGCUUCUUCUUCCAAGGCGCCAGGAAGGGCUACGUAUGAUCGCGCGGCAUGGCCACGCUGUUUUUCUCUUUGGACUCGUGCACGGCGUAGGAAUGGAAACUGGAAUGAGGGCGUAUCCAAUGUAUUUCCCCGGUAUAGGGGGCUCGACUGACCUUACGAAGCAUGAAAGAGUGAGCUGGACUUGAGCGUGUGCUUCUGUCGGGGCAGAACGUGACCGGGAGACCAGAAGGCCAAGUAUGGCACAUACCCAAUGCAUGACAGGGGUUUUGUCAAUAUGAAAAAGUAUUUGGAGACAUAGAACCGGCUAUCGACCAUAGUCCUUGCCUUUUACCAGACGUGGGAAUUGACGACAAUCGUAUUCCACUCCGAAA